AUGCUGCAAGAGCUAUCGCAUAUGGACAGAAUCACCCAGCUUCAAGAUGAGAUUCAACAGAUACUCGUUAUAAUGUCCAAGAGCAUUGGAUACCUGACUACCAAGCCGAACUUCCUCCAAGUCAGUGAAGCGAUACCCGUAACGAAGGAGAGGAACAAGGACAAGUAUGAUCCCCCGGAUGUCUUCGAAGCCAACCAAAAGGAACUGGUCACGGAUUUGGUCGUGAAAGCGAAGCAGAUUGAGUACCUCAUUAACGCCCUGCCGGAACCAGAAGCAGAGGAAGUCCAGGCUCGUCGACUGCAAACCUUGGAAAACGAAAUGGCGAUCGCGAAUGAGGAGUAUAUUGCAGCGGUGAACCGAGCGAAGGAUCUUUAUUCCCAAAUAACGGAGACUCUCAGCUCGAUGCUCACUGAAGAUGACACGGAUCUCCUACUUCUUCAACGUCAGGAACAAGAAUCCAAGAAGACCGCUGGCGACGAGAUGGAAGUCGGAAGCUAG